AUGUCGACAGUGGCAAAAAUGGGUGUUCGAGUGAGGAAAAAGCCUGUUAUCAAAAUUAUCCAUAAUCCGUUAUACAAAGCGAUUGUCAAAGCACAAAUGGCGACAGCUGCACCACCUCUGGGACCUAAUUUGGGCAAAAGGGGCGUUAAUGUGGCGAGUUUUUGCAAAGAUUUCAAUCGAGCGACGAGUAAUAUCAAACCUGGUACCCCAUUGCCGGUACGGCUCACAAUAAAACCAGAUCGUACAUAUGACAUGGAAAUUUGCACACCAACAUCUAUUUGGUUACUGAUGCAUGCAGCGGGGAUAAGACGUGGAUCUGUACGCCCACAUGAGGAAAUUUCCGGGAUGAUUACAGUAAAGCAUAUUUACGAGAUAGCCAAAAUAAAGGCUGUUGAUAAAUGUUUAGUUGGUGUCCCAUUAAAAAUGAUAUGUGAACAACUCAUUAAAACAGCUCGUACAAUUGGGCUUAAAAUUGUUCGUGAGGAUCUUGACCCAGUGGAAUACCGUAAAUUUUUGGAAGAACGGAAGUUAAUAGUCGACGAACAACUGAAAAGGAUAGAAGAAGAAAAAGCCGCUAAGAUACUCAGAAUGUCACCCAGUAGUUGA